AUGGUCGCUGAUUCGUCCGACAACAACCCGAAGGGCAACGGCGGUGCGGAGAAGAAGAAGGAGCGCACCGCGGGCCAAUUCUUCCAUGUGGGAGACAAGGGGGAGCAAGGAGACGCCUCUGCCAAAGUUGGAGCAGAGCUGCACCCCCUAGACUAUUGGGUGUUGGACACAGGCGCUGCUUGGACGAUGACGCCGCGCAAGGACCUGCUGGACGAAGUACGAGCUGCACCGAUCAAUGAAGUGUGCUCCGCCUCUGGACACAUGUUGAAGGUGGCUGGUGCGGGACGAGCUGCGUUUAAGGGAGCGGAUGGCAAGCCGGUGGUGCUGCACGACGUUCUCUUCGUCCCCGACCUGAAGGCCAACCUUAUCUCCCUCCGUAAGCUUGGCAAGGCUGGGGUGAACACCAACACGGAUGGGGCACGCACUUAUAAGGGGAAGCUGGGCAAUCGGGUGCUUUGGGAUCUGCACGAGAGCAAGGACGUGUACAGAUCUAUGUGGCAGCUGCCGGCCCUGGCGUGGCAUGGUGGGGGGCAGGCUGGAGAGGGAUCUGGGGAGACAGAUUGGGCAACGGCACACCGGCGCUUAGGGCAUGUGGCAAUGCCUUUGCUGAAGCAGCUGGAGAAGGAUGGAGCCGUUAAGGGUCUGAAGCUGAACGGACAGCCACCCGAUGACAACUGUGAAAUCUGUUUGCUUUCAAAGUUCACCCGUUUCCCUUUCCAUAGUGUGGCUGGCAGGAGCAAGAAGCCUUUGGAGCUGGUCCACAUGGACUUGGUGGGGCCGCUGCCGGUGCAAGGGCACAAGGGGGAGCGGUAUUUUCUUACAAUUGUGGAUGACUGGAGCAGGCUGAUGUGGGCGUAUCCGCUGAAGCAGAAGGACCACGCCGCCUCCACGAUACGGGACGAUUGGCUGCCAUUCGUGGAGAAGCAGGCGGAGUGUGUAGUGAAGCGGAUUAGGACAGACCGGGGUGGUGAGUUCCUUGGAGCUGAAAUGACGGCCUGGCUCAAGAAGCAGGGCAUCCAGAGAGAGCUGACCACGGCUUAUACCCCACAGUCCAAUGGUGUAGCAGAACGGGCAAAUCGGACCAUUCUGGAGACAGCUAGGGCGCUGCUCAUAGAAUCUGGGCUGAGCAAUUCUAUGUGGCCUCAUGCUGUCCGGCACGCCACUGUCGCUAGGAACAGGGUGCUCACCAAGGUUGGGGAUGACUCGUGGGUGCCGUUGGAGAGGUGGCUUGGGAGGAAGCCGCCGGUGGACAUGCUGAGGGUGUUCGGUUGCAUGGCAGUCGCCCACGUCCCCAAGACCUACCGCAGUAAGUUGGGGGCGAGUGCAAUCUGGUGUGUGCAUUUGGGGCUGGCUGCUGAGAGCAAGGGAUGGCUGCUGUGGGAACCAUCCAAGGGUGUGUUGUUUGACAGCAGGGAUGUGAAAUUCAUUGAGGGCAUGAUGUAUGGGAGCUGGGAGAAACAGCCGGAGGCAAGGGUGUCCCAGCAGAUGGAGCAGAUCACCAUGCAGCUGGACCUGACUCCUAGUGUGUGGGAGGAGGGAGAGGAGGCAGCUGCUGGAAAUGGUGAUGGAGAGAAGGUACAGGAGGCAUCUGCUGGUGGAGAAAAUGGUGUGGAAACUGGCGGCAGCACUAGUGGAGCUGCUGGACCCGAGGGAGGAGAGAAGCAGCAGGGAAAAACUAAGAAGCCGAAGGGUGUCGUUAUGAAGGGAUGGGAGACACCCGUCUCCAGGCCAGGACGUACCCGUAUGGCUACUAAGAAGCUGACUGCAGGAACUGAUGCAGCAGAGCAGCAGCUAGGGACCGAAGAGGCAUUGCUGAUUCUACCUCAUGGCUAUGACCCGGAUGAGGAGGAUGAGCCUGCGUACUGUUUUCUUGCCCCUGCACCAGAGGAACCAGCUAGCAUGGAGGAGGCAUUAGCUGGACCAGAUAGGGACAAGUGGCUGGCUUCUAGGGAUGCUGAGUACCAGAGUCUGCUGGAGAAUAGGACAUGGGAUCUGGUGGUGCUGCCUGAUGGGAAGAAAGCGAUACAAUGCAAGUGGGUGCUGAGGAUCAAGACCGAUGACAAGGGGCAGGUCACCAUCUACAAGAGUAGGCUGGUGGCGAAGGGGUUUAUGCAGAAGGAGAAGCAGGACUUCAACGAGAUCUUUGCUCCCACUGCCAAACCCCCUACCCUCCGUGUCUUGUUGGCAGAUGCAGCUGUUAGUGGGAAAUUCAUCAUUCAGAUGGAUAUUUCAACGGCGAUCCUGAAUGGGAUUUUAGAGGAGGAUGUGUACAUGACGCAGCCGCCUGGGUAUGAGGAUGGUACGGGCAGGGUGUGCAAGCUCAACAAGUCCAUCUACGGCUUGAAGCAGGCGCCACGCUGCUGGUACCAGAAGUUGGCAGCUGUUUUAGAGGAGAUGGGAUUCAGGACCAGCAGCUGUGAUGAGAGCCUCUUUCUCAAGGGCGAGGGGGAGAAGCUGGUGCUGUUUCUGGUCUAUGUGGACGACAUUCUUCUCUUCAGCAGCAGCAUGAAGGAGAUCCAGAAAGUGCAGCAGCAACUGAUGGAAAACUUCAAGUGCAAGAACCUUGGGGAGGUAAAGUACUACCUCGGGAUGCACGUGGAGAGGGAUCCAGAUCACAGGUGGUUGAAGCUGCACCAGGAGAAGUUCAUCAAGGAGCUGGGGGAGAAGUAUGGGAUUGAGAAUGAGCGCAAGGUUGCAACUCCCCUGCCAGCAGAAUUCAAGCUUGUGAAGGCUGCAGAGGAUGAAGGGGUUGAAGCUGAAGAGCAGCAGCAAUUUCAGUCCUUGGUGGGCAGCCUCUUGUACGCAGCAGUUCACACGAGGCCCGACAUCUCUUUCUCGGUUGGGCAGCUGGCUAGGGUGGUGCAGAAUCCAUCAGAGGAGCAGGUGGAUGCAGCUGAGCGUGUGGUGAAGUACCUGAACUCUCACCCAAGCAUUGGAGUUCAAUACUCCGCAUCUGCACAGGUGAAGCAGAAAGGGGUGGAGGUGCUGAAAGAGAAGGGGGAGAGGCUUGGAGAAGGCAAGCUAUUUCUCACUUGCUUUACCGAUGCUACGUGGGCUUCUGAGAAGGAGGAUUCCUCAUCUGUGGGAGGAUACAUCUGCGUAGUUGGGGGAGGACCUGUUAGUUGGAGGUCCAAGAAGCAGACGGAGACGGCACUCUCUUCCGUAGAAUCAGAGUACAUGGCGAUGUUCCAUGGGGUGAAGGAGGUGAUUUGGCUGAGGAGGCUGUUAGAGGAGAUUGGCCAGGAGCAGAAAGUUGCUACGCCGCUGUUUUGUGAUAGCAAGGGGGCUCUUGGGAUGGCCAGAAACGCUGUGCUUCAUGGGCUGAACAAGCACAUGCGUAUCAAGUGGCACUGGCUGCGUAAGGAGGUGAAGAGGGGGACGGUGCAUCCGAUCUACAUCAAGACUCACCAGCAGCCAGCAGACUUUCUCACCAAGAGGCUUGCGGAUGAGCCUCAUUGGCGUUGUGUGCGCAUGAGUGGAAUGAGCAUGAACUAG